GAGACAUGUUUAGCUCUAUUAUUCAUAUCCUCAAAAAAUAAGAAUUAUACUAUCUUAUAUUAUACCUAGAUAGAUCAUGGCUCAACCUGCUACUUUGCCUCUUCUUCCUCUUUCUAUUUCUACUACAACAGGAAAUAAUAGCAACCUAGAAGAGAGUGAUGAAGAAUUGUUUAUGGUGCCAGAUAUGGAAGCGGGAGAGGAAGAGGAAACAAAGAUGAUAAAUCAAGGAAGUUUGCAAAGCUCGAAUAGUAACAACAAUGGUGGCGAAGUAGCGCCUCCUAAGCGUAAAAGAGGCCGUAAUCCUGUUGAUAAGGAGUAUAGAAGACUUAAGAGGUUGUUAAGGAACAGGGUGUCUGCUCAACAAGCUCGUGAAAGGAAAAAGGUUUAUGUGAACGAUUUAGAGUCGAGAGCCAAUGAAUUGCAAGAGCAAAACUUCAAAUUAGAAGAGAAAAUUUCCACUCUUGUUAACGAAAACACCAUGCUUCGAAAGAUACUCAUGAAUACCAGACCAAAGACUGACGAAAGUGAAGACCCCAAGUGUUCAUAAUUUUAAGAUUGCUCGCAUUUUUACUUUCUUAUUUUGCAAAUUUCUAUUUAAAGAUGUAAUUUGUAAAAUAUUUGAGUUAUUUACAUACAAAAGCUUAUAUAUAGUUUAAGCAUAGAUACAUAAACUUACCAUCAAAUAUACGAGGCUAACUGUAUGCAUGCAUGCAUGCGAAUUUUCAAUUUUCUUUGGUAAAAAGGGUUGAUAAAUGUACAAUUAUUAUUACUAUUUAU